AUGUUAUAUGUAAUCGUGGUGGUAAACAGAAAAAAGAAAUCUUGUGAUACAUUAGGUACAAGUGGUGUUAGGAGGAAACGAAAUUCAAAUUCAAGAGCUAUUGGUUAUCAAUUUGAUGAACUUCACAACCAUCCACUUGAAAAGAUUAUAUUUGAAUCUGUGUAUGGAAAUCCAGAUUAUAAAGUUUUUCAGUUUGAUGAACUUCACAACCAUCCACUUGAAAAGAGAAGCGAUUUAAAAAAAGUGAGACAAAUGUCAUAUUCAGAAAAAGAGUUUAGUGUGCGUGCUUCCACAUCAAAAAUAGGUCCAACUAUGGCUCAUAAGUUGAGGGCAAGUUUGAGAGAUGAUGUUUUGGACUGUAUGUUUUGGGCGGAUGAAAUGGAGAAGGCAUAUUAUGCUGAAUUUGGUGAUGUUAUCUCGUUUGAUGCGACUUUCCGAACAAACAAGUAUCGAAUGGUUUUUGUUCUGUUUACUGCUAUUGACCAUCAUAAAAAAUCGGUUACUGUUGGAUCUGGGUUGCUAAGCAAUGAAAACAUUGAGUCUUACUCUUGGUUGCUUAAAGCAUUUCUUGAAACUCAUGGGAAAGAACCAACACUUGUUUUAACCGAUCAAGAUGCUGCAAUAAAACAAGCUAUUGAGAAUGUGUUUCGUAAUUCAAAGCACCGAUUAUGUAUGUGGCAUAUAAUGAAAAAGUUGGAAAAAAAGAUAUCAGAUCAUUUAUUUACUAACACAGACUUUAGAAAAAGGUUUUUAAAGCUUGUUUGGGACAUUAAUAUGAAACCUGAUGUUUUUGAGGUGAAGUGGGGUUUGCUUAUGAAGGAAUUCAAUCUUGAAAACACAAGAUGGUUUAAAGACGUGUUUACAAUACGUGAUUCAUGGAUAACUGGAUAUUUAAGUGAUAUUUCAAUGUGUGGUUUGAUGAAGACUACAUCGAGGUCAGAGAGUGAUUGUGAGAAUGUAAAGCUAGUCAAUGAUUCAUAUUAUAGUUUUGAAUCAUGUUUGGAUAUUGUAAGAGAUGACAAAAAGAGAUUAGCUUUGUUUGCUGAGAGGCAAAAAAUGUUGUUAGAGGAAUUUGACGGUGAUUAUAUUUCUCCUGGAUUGAAAAGCAAGACAUAUGGUGAAGUUGUAUGCAAGCUUUUGGGUGUUAGUAUUCCUAUUCCAGAAGAGAUUAAUAUUCAUGUUCCUGAAGUUCAAAGCAAUAAAGGUUCUGGAAUCAAGAAAAGAAUUCUAUAUGCAGGUGAAGUAGCAUAUGAAAAUUCUAAAAAAGAACAUAGAAUGUGUUCCAGAUGUGGAAAACGAGUUCCACACAAUUUACGUACUUGUUCCGAAAAAUUUGGAGCUGCUAAAUCAGCAAAAUACAGUUAG